UUCCAGCUUUACUGUAAUAAUAAUGAAAUAUUGUUUUCUGAAAUCUACUCAACAUCAAAAAAGGAACUAAACAUAAACUCUAGUAAUUUUGAUCCUAAAAUAACCGAUUUGCCGAUAUUAAUACAUUUGCAUAACUCAAAUACUGAAAAGUAUGGUUCCUAUAAUUUUCGAGUUCAAUACGUUGAUAUAAAUCAUAGUCGAAUAAUGUCUCCAGUUUGUCUUCAUCCAACAAAAAUGCCUUGUCAAUUGUACUGCCCAAGUCCAAUGAUUAUGGAAUURGCAGCAACGCCAAAAUCUCAAAAAAUGAUAAUUUCUAUGCCCGAAUUUUGGGAAUUUUUUUCGUUAUUGUGUAUAUUUUGGAUCAGYCAAUCUGGUAUAUGGGCUAUACAAGAUCCCAUCUGUUUUGAUAUCUUAGAAGACAAACCUAAUGAUUUUGGGAAGCAAAGAUGCUGGACGUCCAUUGGAUGGGGAUCUGUUACAAUGCUUAGCGGUUGGCUUGUGGACUAUUUUAGUUACGACAAAAUGGAAAAAGACUACACACCCAUAUCAUAUUUAAUAUUUUCGUUUAUGAUUUUGAAUUUAUUGGUUGCUUCCAAUAUCCCAGUCGUCGAGUUCAAAGUAUCACAAAAUACGUUCCAAAAUGUUUUUAAAUUAUUUUCAAAAAUCCAUGUUAUAAGUUUUUUUGUUUGGAUCCUAUUGCUUGGAGUGUACAGCUCAAUGACGAUGAGUUACCUUUUUUGGUACUUAGAAGACUUGGCUUCGGAAUAUCAAUGUCACCAAGUAGCGUGGAUAAAAACGCUACAGGGUUUUUCUCAGGGCCUCCAGAGUUUCGGUGGUGAAAUGCCAAUUUUCUUCUGUUCCGGUUGGAUAAUCAAACGCAUAGGACAUAAACACUGUAUGUCACUGGUUUUGUUCGCAUUUACUGUUAGAUUUUUUUUCUAUUCCAUCAUGACGAAUCCCAUUUGGAUGCUGUUAAUCGAAAUCCUAAACGGCAUGGCAUACGCAUUGGGUCGUGCAGUGAUGGUAUCAUACUCAAGAAGGAUCUCGCCAUCAAGUGCGCACCACACAGUUUUAGGACUUGUAGGACUUUUCGAUUGCAUCGGUUUAUCAUUUGGUGGUGUAAUUGCUUCAUAUAUAUACGACUUUUACGGAGGAUUUUGGUUAUUCAGACUAUUUACAUACGGCUCAGCUGUGAUGUGUGUCUUACAAAUUGUAUWCAACUUGUUGACUAAGUCCAAUGAAAAGACUAUAGAUCAUUAAAACUUUUACUUAUUUUUAUUUUUAAAAACUGUUCUAUUAUUAGAACCGUUUGAAUAAGGUAUAUUUUUUACUGUACAGAAUCCAUUUAAAGGCUCUAUAUUUUACAUUUCUUAUAUAUAAGUUUAAUAAAGUUGAUUUUUUGUCUAUAAUAAUA